GAUAAUAAGCUAUAUAUAACAUACAACCAUGAAAUUCGAAGAUUUUGUUCAUCGCAGCCACUGCAACCACAACAAACAAUGUUUUUGUUUUCAACUAGGUUAAGGUCUGUUUCUCUUUUCAUUCCCAAAAAGUUUCUUCCUUUUAAUUUCAUUCCUUCUUUUUGCUUCUCAGCUUCAACCCUAUCCCCUCAAUUCAAUAAUCCUCAUCUUGACAAUGCCAUUUCAUUGUUCAAUUCUUUGCUCCAUAAGAAUCCUACCCCACCACCCAUUGAAUUUGGCAAGAUUUUAGGUUCCAUUGUGAAAGCUAAGCAUUACUCAAUUGCUAUUUCCCUUUUUCAACAAAUGGAAAUUAGGGGAAUUAACCCUGACUUUGUAACUUGCAGUCUCUUAAUCAAUUGUUUUUGCCAAUUAGGUCAUAUCACUUUUGCUUUCUCUGUUUUCUCAAAGAUUCUCAAAAGGGGUUAUCACCCAAAUACAAUAACUUUUAACACACUCAUCAAGGGUUUUUGUCUCAAAGGUGAGGUUCGUAAAGCAUUGCACUUUCAUGACAAGGUGGUAGCACAAGGAUUUCAGUUGGAUCAAGUUAGUUACGGGACUUUGAUCAAUGGGUUAUGUAAAGUUGGAGAAACAAGAGCAGCUCUAGAGUUGCUGAGACGAGUUGAUGGAAAAUUGGUUCACCCAAGUGUGGUAAUGUACAACACAAUUAUCGAUAGUAUGUGCAAAGAUAAACUUGUUUCUGAUGCAUGUGAUAUAUAUUCUGAAAUGGUUGUCAAGAGAAUUUCUCCUAAUGUUGUCACUUACAAUGCACUAAUUAGUGGCUUUUGCAUCAUGGGUCAAUUAAAAGAAGCAAUUGCUUUGUUAAAAAAAAUGACAUUGGAAAACAUCAACCAGGAUGUGUAUACUUUUAAUAUAUUGCUUGAUGCUUUUUGUAAGGAAGGGAAGUUGAUAGAAGCUAAAAAUGUGUUUGCCGUGAUGUUGAAAAAAGACAUAAAACCAGAUAUUGUUACUUACAACUGUUUAAUGGAUGGAUAUUUCCUAAUUAAUGAAGUGAACAAGGCUAAGAGUAUACUCAACAUUAUGGUCCAAAGGGGAGUGGCUCCUGACGUUAGGAGCUAUAGUAUCAUGAUUAAUGGACUUUGUAAGAUUAACAUGGUUGAUGAAGCCAUGAACCUCUUCAAAGAAAUGCAGUCCAAAAAAAUUGUUCCUAAUGUGGUAACUUACAAUUCCCUCAUUGGUGGCUUGUGCAAAUCAGGGAGAAUUACAUAUGCUUUGCAGCUUGUUUGUGAGAUGCAUGAUAGGGGCCAACCACCUGAUAUAUAUACUUACAAUUCUGUAUUGGAUGCUUUAUGCAAAAGCAAUGAUGUUGACAAGGCAAUUGCAUUAAUGAAAAAAUUUAAAGACUUGGGUAUUCAACCAAGUAUGUACACGUAUAAUAUUCUUCUCAAUGGAUUGUGUAAAAGUGGACGAAUAAAGGAUUCACAAAAGAUUUUUGAAGAUCUUUUGGUCAAAGGCUACAAUCUAGAUGUCUAUACAUAUACCAUUAUGAUACAAGGGUUUUGUAACAAGGGCUUGUUGGACGAAGCGUUGGAUUUGUUUUCAAAAAUGAAAGACAAUGGCUGCAUUCCAAAUGCUUUAACUUAUGAAAUAGUUAUUCAUUCCCUCUUUGAAAAAGAUGAAAAUGAAAAAGCGGAGAAUCUUCUUCAGGAAAUGAUUGUGAGAGGUCUUCUUUAAGACAGAAACUAGACCUAGGUUUGUCCAUGAUGCAGUCACUCUUGCUUUCGAUGAACUCCUAUUCCAUAAGACCAUUGCUAACUUGUUAUAACUGAGAGGGCCUGCCCAAACCUGCACAUGUGCUUCAAGAAGUGUUAGAAAUUAAGAUAUCAUCUUAGAAUAUCUAAUAUAAUGUUGGAGUAUCUUAGUUUCUCUCGUAGGAUCUGUUUCUAAUCUUAGAGUAUCUUAAAUUAUCUUGUUAGAUUAGUUUUCAAAUUACUUAGUUAUUAUAAAUUUAUAAUUAUUAUUUUUCCUGAUUUCGCUAUUUAUUUAGGAUUAUAAGUUUAAUAUCCUUAUAGAUAGGGGUUAGUCUGUUUAUCUUCAACAAGUUUUAUGAAGAAAUUUCCCACUACUA